AUGUCAUCAGUAUCACUUCGGUUAAGCGCUGAUGAGUCUGCUCGAGAAGAUAAUAAUAUAGCGUUAAAUCAGUCGAUGCCUGACGCUUACAGUGAUGUCAAGAAAGUAGCAAUGGUUCGAAGCUCUUCGGAGUUGUUACCAACGCGUCUGGAGCAAUCUUCAUGGCCGAAUCGAUUAUCCUGCUACCGCUUAGGUACCACCAUGAAUGAAGUACCACUCAUUGGUGAAUGCCGCUCCUGUGCUCAAAGCUAUCACUGCAAUUGCUGUCCUGGGUGCGACCAUCUGGUCAUCAUUUACGCGGUCGGUUGUCAGAAAUUUUUAACAGAAAGAGAAAUUCGGCAAGUCACUGCAGAAAAAAAAAAGCAACUUUUUUUUUUUAACAUUUCUUUGUGA